AAGACAUAUGAUGACAACAACAACAACAAUAAAAAUUGGUUGAACACCACAUCGACAACAACAACAAUGGCCACUAUAUGUCCGCAACAGUACAACUUGGCCACAACGCCGUCGACGUCGUCGCAGUCAUCGUUGCCGCCGUCGUAUGCCAUCUCAGUCCACGACCACAUACUGCCGCCCGGCUGGCAGUGCAAGUAUGACCCGAAAUCGUCAAAAUACUAUUUUCUCAACGAUCAGUUGUCUCAAUAUUCAGAUUUCAAAAAAUAUGAUCACCGAAGUUCAUGCCAUUCCUCUAGGAUAUCAUCUCCGUCUCAUACCUUUACCACAUAUGGCAGAUAUUUUCAGCCAUUCAGUUCCCGAUACAAAGUAUGCGAUUCCGGUCCGCAGCACAAGAUUUGCCAACAGUUCCCGCAAGUGGACGAAAACUAUAUCAAUCACUUAAUGAAAUUAUACCAUAAUCGCGAAAAUCUGGUGAUCAGUGCCCUACUGUCCGAUGGCUAUACCCGAUCCUUUGCAUUACCGCCCGAUGAGUCGCUAUUUUAUAAACUUAAAAGUUAUUUUCCGGCCGUCGAUCCCGAGCUCAUCCGUCAUAUGCUUAUUAAACACGACAAUGUAGAGCAUGAAGUAAUAGCGGCAAUAGUGGCCUCAUUAGGACCGAAUCAUAUCCGCUAUCAAAGUACAGGUGCAGCACCGGGAUCGCCGAUGAUGAAGCUCCGGUACCUUAAGCUCCUGUACCCUGAUCCCGACGAGGCCAUAUUGUUUGAUUUGCUCUACAAUUGCGACCAAAACGCCAUGGAGGCCAUCAAUCGGCUGGAGGCCAUGGGCUACAAGCGUAGUGACACCAUUAAGACACUGAGUGCCAAACAAGCGGCCGACUCUUCAGCAACAAAAACACCGCAAAGACCUACAAAAGCGCCUUUUGUUUUGAAAACUACUUAUUUUCCGCCAAAUACUACGGAAAAACAAAAAAUGCUCAAAAAACUAGAGGAAAAGUUUCCGAAAGUUAGCCACACAUUGCUUAACAUGGCCUUAGAGUCGAGCAAUUAUAACGAAGAUCAGGCACAGCUGUUCCUGUCGGCGAUGACACCGCAAGAGUCGACAAAAUAUUUACCGUCGGAUAUUGUGUCGGCCGACUCGCUGCCGAUGAUGUCCCAGUACUGUAAAGGCACGCAAACUAAUGCCAUAUUAGACAUAAUCACCGGAACGCCUAUCAAAACGGCCAAACGUCGGGUGGCUUUCAAGAAAGUGACCAAAGGUACGUCUACCACAGAGGACGGCAUAUUUUUGGACUACAAGAAAAAACCGGUCGCCAAAGGAGCCAAUCCCGAGAACCGGAAGGGACCGAACUUUUUCAAUCUAUUGCGAUCCUAUAUCCCAUGGAAAGGUAGUGACACAAAACACAAGAGCGGAUCCGAUCCGUUCAACCGGAAGGGUCCCGACUCGACAAACAAAAGUGGACCGAAAAUCUCGGCAAAGGGACCGCAGGCCAGCAACCGAAAGGGUCCGAUCGGCAAACUAAUCAAGUUUGCUAAACGUAACUAA